AUGGUGGGGCGAGUCCUGGGGCUGGCCGUCUGGCAUGGCCACUAUGUGGACGGCGGUUUUGUAAUGCCGUUGUACAAACAUCUCUUGGGCAAGCCAGUAACGCUGGACGACAUGGCACACGUUGACGAGAUGUUCUACAACAGCCUUGUUUGGAUGUUGGAGAACGACAUCACUGGCAUCAUUGAGAACAACUUUGUCGAUGAGUAUGACGCUUUUGGCGUUCAGGAGACGAUUGAGCUCAAACCGGGAGGAAGUGAUCUGCCUGUGACCGAAAGCAACAAGAACGAAUAUGUUCAGCUCAUCGUGCGCCAUCGCCUCAACUUUGGCAUUGAGGAGCAGGUCAAGGCUCUGAAGCAAGGAUUUAACGACGUUGUCCCUCAUGCCUACGUGAGCAUGUUCGAUGAGGCCGAGUUGGAGCUCAUCAUUUGCGGUCUGGGCGAGAUUGAUGUGGGAGAUUGGAGCAGCAACACAGAAUAUCGGCAUUGCGAGCCCACGGAUGAACAGAUUGCCUGGUUUUGGGACGUGCUCCGGUCGUUUGACACGGAGCUGCGCGCGCGCGUGUUGCAAUUUGUGACCGGCACAUCGCGUGUACCAGUGACGGGCUUUCGCGAUCUUCGGGGCGCCCAAGGACCAAAAUUGUUCACUAUUGAAACGGUGCCGAAUGCUGUCCGGAAUGGGUUGCCUCGCGCCCACACCUGUUUUAAUCGCAUCGAUCUUCCACCUUACGAUUCGCAAGACCAGAUGCGCGAGCGCCUUUUGCAAGCGGUUGAAAAUGCAAUAGGCUUCGGCUUGGAGUAAACUCGGUGGUGCAUAUCUUCUUUAUUUCAUUUUCGCCAGAUUACACUUUGAUACGCAUGCGUGAGAGGCAUAGUUGACUUGAAUCAGCGCGUCAGCCAAAAUAAAAUG